CUGUUAAAAUCGAUAAACAUGAGAGCAAAGGGGCGGUUGGUGCGGCCUCCAUUGUUCGGAUUUUAAGCCGCCAUGAGGGGUGACAGAGGCCGUGGUCGUGGUGGGCGCUUUGGUUCCAGAGGAGGCCCAGGAGGAGGGUUCAGGCCCUUUGUACCACAUAUCCCAUUUGACUUCUAUUUGUGUGAAAUGGCCUUUCCCCGGGUCAAGCCAGCACCUGAUGAAACUUCCUUCAGCAAAGCCUUGCUGAAGAGGAAUCAGGACCUGGCUCCCAAUUCUGCUAAACAGGCAUCUAUCCUUUCUCUGGUGACAAAAAUAAACAAUGUGAUUGACAAUCUGAUUGUGGCUCCAGGGACAUUUGAAGUGCAAAUUGAAGAAGUUCGACAGGUGGGAUCCUAUAAAAAGGGGACGAUGACUACAGGACACAAUGUGGCUGACCUGGUGGUGAUAGUCAAGAUUCUGCCAACAUUGGAAGCUGUUGCUGCCCUGGGGAACAAAGUCGUGGAAAGCCUAAGAGCACAGGAUCCUUCUGAAGUUUUAACUAUGCUGACCAAUGAAACUGGCUUUGAAAUCAGUUCUUCUGAUGCUACAGUGAAGAUUCUCAUUAUAACAGUGCCACCCAAUCUUCGAAAACUGGACCCAGAACUCCAUUUGGAUAUCAAGGUAUUGCAAAGUGCCUUAGCAGCCAUCCGACAUGCCCGCUGGUUUGAGGAAAAUGCUUCUCAGUCCACAGUUAAAGUUCUCAUCAGACUACUGAAAGACUUGAGGAUUCGUUUUCCUGGCUUUGAGCCCCUAACACCCUGGAUCCUUGACCUACUAGGUCAUUAUGCUGUGAUGAACAACCCCACCAGACAGCCUUUGGCCCUAAACGUUGCAUACAGGUGCUGCUUGCAGAUUCUGGCUGCGGGACUGUUCCUGCCAGGUUCAGUGGGUAUCACUGACCCCUGUGAGAGUGGCAACUUCAGAGUACACACAGUCAUGACCCUAGAACAGCAGGACAUGGUCAGUUAUACAGCUCAGACUCUCGUCCGAAUCCUCUCACAUGGUGGCUUUAGGAAGAUCCUUGGCCAGGAGGGUGAUGCCAGCUAUCUUGCUUCUGAAAUAUCUACCUGGGAUGGAGUGAUAGUAACACCGUCAGAAAAGGCUUAUGAGAAGCCACCAGAGAAGAAGGAAGGAGAGGAAGAAGAGGAGAAUACAGAAGAACCACCUCAAGGAGAGGAAGAAGAAAGCAUGGAAACUCAGGAGUGACCUUCCCUUCCCUUGACUGGAGCCUAAGCUUGCUGCUACUGGGCUUUACAUGGUGGUAGACAUUUCCGAGGGAUAGGGAAGAUAACGGGAAGGAAAGUAAACUCCAGAGAAGUGUCAUUCCACUGGGUUUUGAUAUUGGCCUGGCAGCCAGUUUCCCAUUUGUGACCUAUGCCAUCCAUCUAUAAUGAAUGAGGAUACCAACAUUUCUUCCUAAUACUCUAGGACCCCCAAGUCCUGAAAACCCCUCUCUCAACUAAUAUUUUGCUGUUGAAAUGUUGUUAACUGUUAAGUGUCUGGAAAUUUUUUUUCUAAGAGAAACAAAGUACUUCCUUGUAGGGCAAAAAAAAAAAAAAAAAAAUCGAUAAACAUACAUUUUCUAUGUAACAUGAAUUAUAUAGCAUAUUCUUCCAAUAAAGCUACAGGAAAGAAAUUCAGAAAAUCAUAUUUACUGUAAGCACAUGUAGAUUAUCAUAAAGGUCUUCAUCCUGGUUGUCUUCAUAUUGAGCAGGCUGAGGAGAAAGAGAAGGGAUUGGUCUUGCUGUCUCUGAUGGCAGAGGCAGAAGAAAAUCUGCGUAUGUGGACCCACGAAGUUCAAAUCCCUGUUGUUCAAGGGUCAACUGUACUAGCUAGCCUAGCUUAGAGAGGUUAAUUUCUAGUUAUGUUCUAGAGGCUUUAAUUUUGCUUUAUGGCCACAAGACUAGUUUACCCAGAGAGAUGGUAAUAAAAAUCCCUGACUUAAAAGUGGGACUAUCAUUUGGGCCAAAAGAAAACAUUAAAGGCCUGAACUGUUUUCUACUGUCUCAUCCCCCAAAUACUCCCUGCUAUCUUCCAAGUUUGCACUGAUGUGGAAAAAGCAUUCAUUAGAACUUCCAUUUUCCCAGAAACCAAUGAUUUAAACAGCAUUUCCAUUUUCUGGUUUCAUUUAAUACAAUCUCACAGUGCAACAGCAUGUUCCUAUUGCAUAAGUUGGCAAAUUCCCCCCACCUCCCCUUUUAGUUACUAUGAGUUAAGAAUGGCUUUUAUAUUUUUAAGUAGGAAAAAAGGCAAAAGAAAAAUAUUUCAUGACAUUAAAAUUAUAUGAAAUUCAAAUUUUGUUGUCCAUAAAAUUUUAUUAGAACAUAAUGGUUUACAUAUUGUUAAUGGUUAAUAGUUUACAUUAUUGUUUACCACUGCUUUUGCAAUACAAGCUGAGUAGUUCCAAUAGAGAGCAUAUGGCCUAUAAUAUUUACUAUAUAGCCCUUAACAGGAAAAAGUUGUCAAUCUUUUUUUUUUGAGGUGGAGUUUCUCUCUUUAGGCUGGAGUGCAGCGACGUGACCUCAGCUCACUGCAACUUCCACCUCCUGGGUUCAAGCAAUUCUCCUGCCUCAGCCUCCCAAGUAGCUGGGACUACAGGCACGCACCACCAUGCCCAGCUAAUUUUUGUAUUUUUAUUAGAAACAGGGUUUCAACAUGUUGGCCAGGAUGGUCUCAAUCUCUUAAUCUCAUGAUCUGCCCACCUUGGCCUCCCAAAGUGCUGGGAUUACAGGUGUGAGCCACCAGGCCAAAUUUGUCAAUUUUUAUUACUUUUGCCAGAAAUGGGUUAAUACUCAAAAGUCCACUAUAAGGCACAGUAUUAUAAAAAUUGUAUUUCAAAGCUUUUGAUAUGGCAAUACACAAAAGCAUAUGAAAAGUAAAUGUUAGGGCAGAUGCAGUGGCUCUACACACCUGUAAUACUAUCACUUUGGGAGGCUGAGGUGGGCAGAACACUUGAGUCCGGGAGUUCAAGACCAGCCUAGGAAACAUGGCAAAGCCUCAACAACAAAAAAUUAGCUGCACGUGUUAGCACCCACCAGUAGUCCCACCUACUCAGGAGGCUGAGGUAGGAUUGCUUGAGCCCAGGUGGUAGAUAUUGCAGUAAGCCAAGAUCAUGCCACACACUCCAGCUUGGGUGACAGAGCAAGAUCCUGUCUCAAAAAUAAAGUAAAUGUUAAAUUAUAACUGAUUAUCAUACAGAUUAAAAUACAGCUGUUUGUAGAGUUGAUGUGCAUAUUUACAUUGGUUAAAUAUGCAGACUCCCUAGCUUGUUUUUACAUGCAAGGAGUCCUAGCUUUCAGUGUGCAAGCUGAAAUUAUGCAAUGUUAUCUUAAUCUGUGCAAAAAUUUAUGAUUGUUCUGUGACUUUAAAAUUUGCUAGAUUAAAAACUCUCCUGGCCAAGCAUGACGGCUCAACUAUAAUCCAAGCACUAUGGGAAUCAGAGGCAGGCAGAUUGCUUGAGCUCAGGAGCUCCAAACUGGCCUGGGCAACAUGGCAAAACUGUCUCUAAUAAAAAUACAAAAAAUAUUUUUUUUUGUAUGAGGUGGGGGAAUCACUUGAGCCCGGGAGGCGGAGGUUGAAGUGAGCUGAAAUCUCUACUGUUCUCCAGGCUUCGUGACAGAGUAACACACGGUCUCAAAACAAAACAAACCUCUCCUGCUGUUGGCUAUGUAUUUUUUUUAAAUUGUACUUUUUUCUAAUAAUGCAAAACUAGCAUUUAGUAUACUAAUUUUAGUAAUUUAAACUACUAGAAACAUUGAAACACCAAAUUUUUUUUUUUUCUUUUGAGACCGAGUUUCGCUGUUGUUACCCAGACUGGAGUGCAAUGGCACGAUCUCGGCUCACUGCAACCUCUGCCUUCUGGGUUCAAGCAAUUCUCCUGCCUCAGCCUCCCGAGUAGCUGGGACUACAGGCACGUGCCACCAUGCCCAGCUAAUUUUUGGAUUUUU